AUGCGCUACUCAUUUGUUCUUGCCGCUGCGACGGCCGUCUUUGGCGCCGAGAUGGCCAAGGAUGAGGCCAGGGCUGCCGAACUGUACGACUCAGGCAAGAUUCACGAGCAGCUCAUGAUGAAGAAGAUUUCUCAAUGGCAAGCCGACGAGCAGGCCGGUCUCAUGGACUCGACCCAGUGGCCCCGUCUCAACUACACCAAGUGCGUCGACGGCUUCGCCCAGGCCAUUCCCGACAGCCCUCUGCACAAGUUCAGGUGCAAGAACAUCGACCUGUACGACUUUAUCAACCAUGCCACUCUCGGCUCACCCAACACCGACUACCGUGGCAAGUCGGGUGCUUCGUCGUGGGGCUGGUGGGAUGUUGAGACUGGCCGGGAGUUCAUUGCUACUGGCAUGUACGAUGGAGUGGGCUUCAUCGAGGUCCUUCCCACCGGAAGGAUGCGCCACGUUGGGUUUCUUCCCAAGUUUGCCCCAGUCGCCGACCGUGCCUACUGGACUGAGAUCCGCUCGUACCAGCACUACAUGGUCAUUGGAAGCGAGCUUGAGGGCAACGGUGUACAGAUCUUUGACAUGAAGAAGCUCCUCACCGUUACCGAUGCUGAGGCUCCCGUUCUUUUCACCAACGCCAAGGAUAUCACUGGCCACUUCAAUGCUACCCUUCCCCUUGGAAGCACCCACAACAUUGUGAUCAACGAGGAGGCCAAGUACGGCGUUGCUGUCGGCGUGCGCCCUAGGGGCCAGUACUGCAACGGUGGUCUGCACUUUUUCAGUCUGGAGGACCCCUCAAACCCGGUGGAGCUUGGCUGCGAUGGCCAAGACGGAUACGUGCACGAUGCUCAGUGCCUUAUCUAUCGCGGUCCCGAUGAGCGGUACCAGGGCCGUGAUAUCUGCUACGGCUACAACGAGGAUUCACUGACGAUUUACGACGUUACCGAUAAACGCAACUCCAAGAUCAUCUCUAUUACCUCAUACACCGGCGCCAGCUACACCCACCAGGGUUGGGUCAACGACGUCAACUGGCAAGAGUGGCUGUUUAUGGAUGACGAGUACGAUGAGGAGGAGCUGAACGGACCCGCUUCCGACGGAUACCCCGUUACCUACAUCUGGGACAUCCGCGAUCUUGAGAACCCCAAACAGACGGGUCUUUUCAAGGCCACCAACCGCGGUAUCGACCACAACCUCUACGUCAAGAAGGAUCUUAUCUUCCAGAGCAAUUACGGCGCCGGCAUGCGUGUCUACGACAUUUCGUCUGUGCCCGAGGACCCUACAGGCAACGGCGUCUGCGAGAUUGCCUACUUUGACAUCUACCCUGAGGACGACCACCUUGAGGGCGGUGGCAUCAUUGCUUUCAGCGGAUCGUGGUCCUCGUACGCAAUGCUGCCGUCUGGCUUUAUCUUUAUCAACACCAUCGAGCGUGGCGGCUACCUUGUCAAGAUGACCAAGCAGGAGAGUUGCAAGCCCAAGUCCUGCAACGCCGACAACUGCCUCCGUGCCAUGCGUGCCGAGAGCGUCUCGGGCCGUCUGGAGGAGAGCCAGAAGUUCUGCGGCGAGUUCACCAAGACCUUCAUCGCCGACGUCAGCGUCGUGCCCGAGUUUGCGCAAAAGGGCUGCACCGGAAACGUCAUCUCUAGGGUCAGCUCGGCAUGCUCGUGCCUGCCUACCCCGACGCCUGCUGCAUAA